CGAGGCCCGGCCCGAAUGAAGGCCGCUGCGAAGCACCCUGGGAAAUGUAGUUCCUCCCGGAGGGCCUUGCUUUUUGGCUCCGGCCGGUGGCGGAGUACCUCACUACAACUCCCAGGAUGCCUCGCGCUCACCUCUCUGGGAUGCCGGACGAGAGCAGGGCCCGGAAGCGGGCGGGGUGGCCCCGGGGGCCGGCCGAGGGGAGUUGAGACCCGCCGCUAUGGCUGGCACGGGCCCCCGCGGCCUCGCCUCCGAGGGGAGGAUGAGCCUGAGGUGGGCAGACUUCAAGUGAACACUACGUUGCUACGAGGAGCUGCAGGCAGCCCCCAGAGCCUCGAGAUGGCACCAAAAGCCAAGAAAGGAUUGAAAGGCUCCAUUGAUGAUGUCCUCAGUGACCUUCUGGGGGAUGACAAGAUGCUUCCUGAGACGCCUGUUAAUCGAGCUUCGCGUGCCGGAGACACCGUGGGUGCAUCUCGGGGGCUCCCCUCCAAGACCGGAGCAAAGUCCCUCCUGGGAGACGACGACGUCUUCGGCCCCAGGGAAGUCCUGGCAGAAGCUGACGCCGAGGUGUCGGAGGUCUCAGAUGCUGACCCGGAGGCCUUGCUCCAGGACCUGGAGCAAAUGGAUGCCGACUUCUUGGGUCUGAAGAAGUCUCACCCAGCCCCUGGCAGGACAGCUGCAAAGGGUUCUGGGAAAGAAACGUCUCCUGGUAACCCCAAACCUGUGGACAAGUUGGCAGCUAGUGAGAGAGGGGACACCGCUCCCACCAGGAGGCCAGCUCCCAGCAGCUUUGGACACCAGCACGGGAGGUUUCCCUCGGAAGACUCGGAAGACCCGAUGGCAGGACUUCUCUCCAACGACGAGGAGGAGGUCGCCAAGAAGGCCCCCAGGACAGAGAGUAAAGCAGCUUCCGGCAAGAGCCCCGGCACCCACAGAGGGCAAGGCCCCUCCAUCCCCCUGACUCCCGGGGACACCCCCGUCCGAAAGAAAGAAGAAUUGCCAUUUGACGAGGGGGACGACCUCAUGGCCGCUCUGGGCUUUGGAGACAGCCCCAGGGCAGAGAAGAGGCAGAUGGGAGACCAGGGAGGGCCCCGCCCGGCUCGCUCCAAGCUGGAUGAGCUGCUGGCGCGCGGCACAGCCGCCAGCCUCCUGACUCGCCCAGGGACCGGAGAGCACAGGGAGUUCAAGCUGGACAAGAAGUACCAGAGGCCGCAGGACAGAGAAGAUUCCUGGGGCGAUGAGGACCUCACCUUUGGUGCCUACCAGCCCACCGUGGCCUCCGCGGAGGGCCGGCAGUCCCGUCGGCAGUCGGUCAGUAGGUUCUUAGCAGAAGGCAGCGCAGACACCAAGGGAGAACCGAGCUCCAAGCAGAGCCCUCUGGCAGCUUCCAGCCCCGUCCACAGCAGGAAAGGAGGCGCCGACUGGCUGGGCCUCAAGGACGAUGACUUGGACCUUUCCCCCCCUCCUCCCCCCCGAGAGACCCAGCAGGGAGGCUCUGUGCUGUCCGCCCCCUCAGUGCCCCCUCCAAAGCAGCACUCGGGCUCUGCUGGGCUGCCGUCCUUGGGGGCAGAGCCGCCUGCCGAGCGUACCAUGUGCACUGCCAAAGCCAGCCAGGCCUCCAAGCUGGGGGCAUCCGAGGAGGAGGACUGGCUGACCCACGCCUUGUCUCGGAAGAAGUCUCAAGCCCUGGCUAAAGAGGAGCGAGCUGGGGCCGGCAGGGGCCUGCGCUCCGAGACGAGGGCCGUUCAUCUCCCUCCUGACAGCCAAGCUGUCCCCAGCACUCAAGGGGUGGAGCAAGGAGCUGCUGGCGGGACCUCGGGAGCAGCACAAGAAACGCCAGCCGCCAAGCCUGAUGUAGCAGCGUCCGUGCACAGCCGAGGCACAGCGUCCCCUGUGGCUCGGAGCCAGGCUCCCUCGGCCCUGCCAGCAGGUGACCCGAAAAGGGGAGCAGCCUCCGGAGAGCUCCCUGGGCCUGCGGGUGUCUUCCCGAACUCCCAGGAACCCGCAGGACUCUCUCUGCCCGUGCAGCCCUUGCUCCCAGAGUCCCUGGCUCGGAGCGUGCUCCUGGGCGCAGAAUACCAACAGCAGCUCCUGGCGGCCCACGUGCAGCCUCAGGGCGGCCCCACCCAGCUCCAGGCUGAGCUGCUGCAGAGCCAGGCCCGGCUGGCAGAGCUGGAGGCGCAGGUGCGGAAGCUGGAGCUGGAGCGGACCCAGCACAAGCUGCUGCUGGAGGGCCUGCAGCAGCGGCACCAGGCAGACCUGGAGCUCAUCGAGGGCGCGCACAGGGGCCGUGUCAAGAUGCUGGAGACGUCCUACCAGCAGCGGGAGGAGCGGCUCCGGAGAGAGAACGAGGAGCUGUCGGCCCAGCUCCUGUCGCACCGCCAGGAGGCCGAGCAGGCCCGCGCCGAGCUCACGGCCCAGCACCAGCAGCGCCUGGCCGCCGCCGUGCAGGAGAAGGAGCAGGAGGUGGAGCGGCUCCGGGAGCUGCAGCG